AGAGCGAGGAAAAGCAUCCCAACACAUCUCACCGUUUGGACUUUUUCCCUCAUUCAGGUGUGCGCGGCGAAUCACGCACAAGACACCGGGACUGAAGCCGUGGAUUUUCUUUCUAGCUGAGGACUGAGAGAGGAACGAUCUGAUCGCAUUUCAACUUGACUCUUUUUUUUCUCUGAUGGGAUAGUUUAUGUUGAUAUUUCAGCAGAACAGGUGCAUUUCAGAAGGACUCCUCCGGUAAUGCGGAAUGACCAUACGGGACCGUUAACGCGCGCGUGGAUCACCUGAUUCAUCACCGACCACCGCAUUCCGCGCGCCAGCGAUCUGCGGGAGAAAGUUAAUAAAGAUUGUCUGAUUGAUUACUGCUAAAUCAACAUUUCCUCCCAAAACCAGCUGUUCUUAGAAUUGGAUUUUUUUUUGCACGUCUAAAAUACUUAAGUAUUCACUGACCUAGUCCUCUAAGCAGUGAUCAGCACGGAUACCUUCAUUUUGCAUUGGAGUCAGAUCAUUUUUCUGACUGCUUGAUCGGAUUUGUCACUAUGUCCGUGAAUUGGUAACCUCCGUAUGAGCAAGCUCACAGUGAACCGAGGGUCGUGUUUGGCUGCACUUUAUCUACAAAUGUAAGGCUCUGUGAAACCUUGGCUCUGACAACACCAUAUGGAGACAACUGUUUGAAUUAAAGCAGCGGGAACACGCGUGAACUGCUGUCAUGGAUUUAAGGGAUUUUUUCUUGUUGGCAACAUUAGUUGCUUGUUUCUGGUUAGAUCCAACCAUAGCCCAGGAGCUCAUUUACCCUAUUCGAGAAGAGCUACAGGAGAAUGUUCUUAUUGGAAACAUACCAAAGGACUUGAACAUCUCUCAUAUGAACUCUGCCACCGGGGCUAGCAGUAAUCUGGUUUACCGACUUGUUUCAAAAGCAGGUGACACCCCGCUACUUAGAGUGAUGAGCAAUACAGGGGAAAUCUUUACCACCUCCAACCGAAUAGACAGAGAGAAACUCUGUCCUGGCCCCUCUUUUGAGGACAGCGAGUGCUCCUUUGAAAUCGAGGUUGUCAUUUUGCCCAAUGACUAUUUCAGAUUAAUUAAAAUUAAAAUCAUUGUCAAAGACACCAAUGACAAUGCCCCCAUGUUCCCCUCGCCUGUGAUCAACAUUUCCAUUCCAGAAAACACGCUCAUCAACAGCCGCUUUGCUAUUCCUUCUGCCACUGAUCCAGAUACCGGACCCAACAGCGUACACAAAUACGAGCUGCUGAAUGGGCAAAGCGCCUUCGGUUUGGAUAUUGUGGAGACACCAGAGGGUGAGAAGUGGCCUCAGCUUAUUGUUCAGCAGAAUUUAGACAGAGAGCAGAAAGAUACAUAUGUUAUGAAAGUCAAAGUGGAGGAUGGGGGGAACCCACAGAAAUCCAGCACUGCCAUUCUACAGGUUACAGUCACUGAUGUUAAUGAUAACAGACCUGUCUUUAAAGAGAGCCAAAUUGAGGUUCACAUCCCAGAAAAUUCCCCUGUUGGCACAUCAGUAGUGCAGCUGCAAGCCACCGAUGCAGAUGUGGGAGCCAAUGCAGAAAUAAAAUACAUGUUUGGGGCUCAGGUGUCUCCGGCGACACGGAGACUUUUCGCUCUGAACACCACCACCGGGCUCAUAACAGUUCAAAGGCCACUUGAUAGAGAGGAGACUGCCAUUCAUAAACUCACAGUACUAGCCAGCGACGGAAGCUCGAGUCCAGCAAGAGCCACUAUCACUAUCAAUGUGACUGAUGUGAAUGACAAUGCACCAAACAUUGACCUGAGGUACAUCAUCAGUCCAACCAACGGUACUGUGAUGCUUUCUGAAAAAGAUCCAAUUAAUACCAAAAUCGCCCUCAUUACUGUAUCUGACAAAGAUACAGAUGUCAACGGCAAGGUGAUUUGCUUUAUUGAAAAAGAUGUUCCCUUUCAUCUCAAAGCAGUUUAUGAUAACCAGUAUUUGCUAGAAACAUCUGCACUGCUCGAUUAUGAAGGAACAAAGGAGUACAUCUUCAAGAUUGUGGCUUCUGACUCUGGAAAACCUAGUUUAAACCAGACCGCCCUGGUCAGAGUACGGUUGGAGGAUGAGAACGACAAUCCGCCCAUCUUCACCCAGCCUGUCAUCGAGCUGGCGGUCAUGGAGAACAACCUGCGUGACAUGUUCCUGACAACCAUCAGUGCCACGGAUGAGGACAGCGGACGGAAUGCAGAGAUUGUCUACCAGCUUGGACCCAACGCAUCAUUCUUUGAUCUUGACCGCAAAACAGGAGUGCUAACAGCAUCCAGGGUGUUUGAUAGGGAGGAACAAGAGCGGUUCCUCUUCACAGUCACCGCUAGAGACAAUGGCACCAGGGCUCUGCAGAGUCAAGCUGCAGUAAUAGUGACUAUACUUGACGAGAAUGACAAUAGUCCUAAAUUUACACACAACCACUUUCAAUUCUUUGUGUCAGAGAAUCUGCCUAAAUAUAGUACAGUUGGAGUAAUCACAGUCACAGAUGCAGAUGCUGGUGAGAAUGCAGUGGUGAGGCUCUCAAUCCUUAACGAUAAUGAGAACUUCAUCCUCGACCCAGAUUCUGGAGUCAUAAAGUCCAAUGUUUCCUUUGACAGAGAGCAGCAAAGCUCCUACACCUUUGAUGUCAGAGCUGUGGACAAUGGAAGCCCUCCAUGUUCGUCAGCUGCCAAGGUGACAAUAAAUGUCAUCGAUGUCAAUGAUAACACCCCCAUUGUCAUCUACCCACCAUCCAACACCUCUUUCAAACUAGUGCCACUGUCUGCGAUUCCAGGAUCUGUUGUGGCUGAGGUGUUUGCAGUAGAUGGUGAUACAGGUAUGAAUGCAGAACUCAAAUACACUAUUGUAAGUGGCAACGUUAGAAGUCUUUUCAGAAUUGACCCUGUAACGGGAAACAUCACAUUAGAGGAGAAACCCACAAUUGCAGACAUUGGCCUCCACAGGCUAGUAGUCAACAUCAGUGACCUUGGCUAUCCUAAAUCCCUGCACACUCUUGUCCUUGUUUUCCUGUUUGUGAAUGACACAGUUGGAAAUUCUUCAUAUAUACAUGAUCUAAUCCGUCGGACAAUGGAAACACCGCUAGAUAGAAACAUUGGUGAGAGCAGCGAGACUUAUCAAAAUGUUGACAACCUGAAAACCAUCAUUGCCAUCGUGACAGGUGCUAUGGUCGUGAUUGUGGUCAUCUUCAUAACAGUUCUGGUGCGCUGCCGACAUGCCUCGCAGUUUAAAGCUGCCCAGAGAAAGAAACAGGGUGCAGAGUGGAUGUCCCCCAACCAAGAAAACAAGCAGAACAAGAAGAAGAAGCGCAAAAAGAGGAAGUCACCAAAGAGCUCCCUCUUAAACUUUGUCACCAUUGAGGAGAACAAACCCGACGACCCCGCCCACGAGCCCAUAAACGGAACCAUCAGUCUCCCAGCUGAGCUCGAAGAGCCUGGGAUUGGACGCUUUGAUUGGAAUGCCACCCCUACCACCACCUUCAAACCCAGCAGCCCAGACUUGGCCCGGCACUACAAGUCCGCUUCACCCCAGUCAGCCUUCCACCUCAAAGCUGACACUCCGGUGUCUGUGAAAAAGCAUCACGUCAUACAGGAGCUGCCACUGGACAAUACCUUUGUUGGAGGCUGUGAUACGCUUUCCAAACGUUCCUCCACCAGCUCUGAUCACUUCAGUGCCUCAGAAUGCAGUUCACAAGGAGGCUUCAAGUCAAAGGGGGCACCUUUGCACACCAGACAGGGAACGCUUACCCGUGCCCGUACCGAGCUGAAUCCCGACUACCUGGACCUUCGCUCCCGAGCCGAGCUGAACCCAGAGUACUGGACGCCCUGCACUCCUCUAUCACAGCGGCGUGUCACGUUUCACCUGCCGGACGGGUCUCAGGAGAGCUGCAGUGACAGUGGGCUGGGGGACCAUGAGCCGGUAGGCAGUGGGCCACUCCUCUCACACCCUCUCCCUCUGGUGCAGGCGCAGGACGACUUCUAUGAGCAGGCCUCCCCGGACAAGAGGACCGAAGCUGACGGCAACUCGGACCCCAACUCUGAUGGACCUCUAGGACCCCGAGGCCUGGUGGAGGCCACAGAGAUGUGCACUCAAGAGUGUCUGGUUCUGGGUCACUCCGACAACUGUUGGAUGCCGCCGAGCCUGACCUCGUACCCGUCACCCAAAUCCCCCGUAUCCUCCUUCAACACCCAGAAGGAGUGGGCGAAAGAGAGACUCCUGAACGGACACACUCUGAGCCGCAGCUGGAAGAGUGACCGCGUGGGCCAGGAACCGUUCGUGGACCGCAAGACCUUCGGAAGCUCCGAGGGACAUUUUGGGAGCGGAGGCGUUCAUAUGGCCGACAUCCCUUUGGCCAGCCUGAAAUCUUACCAGCCUGCAUCUGGCCCCGACAGUCCUAAAGAACAGCAGCUUUAAGAGCUUCUUAUUUUGGUUUGGGAUUCGUUUAUUGUAUUCUUCGUUUAUCCCUGCGACUUUGGAGAGCUUUAGUCCAUUCCGGUUGUUUUCUUUCUUAGAUUGAUUGCUAAUGCGGUGUGAUAGUUACGUGUAUGGAGUAGUCCUUAGACUUUUAUCGCUUAUGCAGGACAGUGUACUAUGCGAAUCCGAAUUUCCCUUCGAACUCAUCACGGAUUGCUGCAAAAUCGACAUUCAAUGGAAUCAUCGUAUACUUCGUCUUGAACAGGGACCGCAAAAACAAACGUUCAAGAUUAAAAACAGGGC